CUCGCUCUCUGCAGAGCGCUGAUCGAGGACAUUGAGAGUGGAGCAAUACUUACAAUUUGAAUUGGAAAGUAGGGAUUUGGAGUUGGCAGGUGAAGGUACUCCAGAUAGCUUUGAUGCUUGUUUUACCACCUUGUAGCUAGUACAAAUAAGGCAGAACAUGUUCAAUCGUUGAACUGAAGAGAAUUGAACAUUCCAGCGGUGUGCGUUGGAUGCAAACGUUUUCUUAGUUGCAAGACCACGAAGGCUGUUUGCGAUUAUAUCUGAUUGAGCAUCGCAUAUUGAAUCAAUCAAAAUGGAUAACCCAUCCAAAAUAGGGAUACAGAUCAACUCCACUGCUGGUGCCAUCCCCAUCAGAAAUGAAAAAGGUCAGGUGUACAUGCAGAAGGUGAAGGUGCAGCGUUAUGUCACCGGCAAGCGGCCCGACUACGCGCCCUCCUCGGACGAGGAGUUUGGCUCCGACGACGAGUUCGUGGCCAAUCAGCAGCAGCCGGCGCCCGGCGAGGAGCUGGAGCUGACGGAGCAGGAGCGUGACGACCCGCGCCUGCGCCGCCUGCAGCGACUGCAGCAGCAAGAGCAACAGCAGCAGCAGCAGCAACAACAAGAGGAGGCAGCACAUGACUCGGACGGCAGCGACACCGCGCCCCGCAGACGGGUUCAUGCUCCCGAAGUAUUGGAGGACAGCGAUGAUGGUGAAGAGGAUCUUCAGCGACGACGCAGGCAGUCCUCAGAUGAGGAGUCAGACUCUGGCGACUCAGAGGAGGACCUGGACGAUGAUGAAAUCGUCAAGAAGCGAGAGAUGUUGCGCGAAAGGGCUAUGGCAAAAGCCAAAAGGGAGGAGGAACUCAUGGAGGUAGAGGAAGAGAAGAAGUCGGAAGACGAGGAAGAGGAAGAGGAGGACAGCUCUGAGUACGAGGAGUACACAGACUCGGAGGAAGAGACGGGUCCGCGGCUGAAGCCGGUGUUCGUCAGGAAACAGGACCGGAUCACGGUGCAGGAGAAGGAGCGGCAGGCGGUGAAGCAGAAGCAGGCCGAGCUGGAGGCGCGCAAGAUGGCGGAGGAGCGCCGUCGGGACACCCUCAAGAUGGUGGAGUCGGACAUUCGGAAGGAGCAGCAGACAUCGGUCGACGUCGACCCGUCGUUCGCCAUCGACACCGACGACGAGAACGACGAGGCGGACUACGAGCUAUGGAAGCUGCGCGAACUGAAGCGGAUAAAGCGUGACAAGGAGGAGCGUGAAGCCCUGGAGAGGGAGCGACUGGAGCUGGAGCGGCUGCGCAACAUGACCGAGGAGGAGCGUCGUGCCGAGGCCCGCAACAACCCCAAGCAGAUCACCAACAAGGCGGCCAAGGGCAAGUACAAGUUCCUGCAGAAGUACUACCAUCGCGGCGCGUUCUUCAUGGACCGCGAGGAGGGCGUGUACCGCCGCGACUUCUCGGGCACCACGCUCGAGGACCGCUUCGACAAGACGGUGCUGCCCAAGGUCAUGCAGGUCAAGAACUUCGGCCGGAGCGGACGCACCAAGUACACACACCUGGUGGAGCAGGACACCACGUCGUUCGACUCGGCGUGGGCCGUCGAGACGGCGCAAAACGCCAAGUUCUUCAACGUGCAAGCCGGCGGCGUCAAACAGAUCUUCGAAAAGCCGUCGCUCAAGAAGAAGCGCACCAAGCCGUGAGCGCGCCGCGUGCGGUGCUGGACGGACGGACGUCGAGUGCUGGUGCCGGCCGCGUCCGCCGCCGCGGGGGUCCUGCGUGCGUCAGUCGCUGCGUGUGUUCUCGCAUCCCCGGCCUUGUCGAAAGCGCGGUUAGCCCGGGUUCUCGCCCCGGUAUCGUCGCGAUCCUCGCCAAGUGCUGGCACGUACUUGCCCCUGGUGGCGAAGAUGCGAACUCUCUCGACGAGCGGCGCGUGUGGCAUAGUGCGAUGAAAUGCGAAUCAUUUCAUUGGAGUGUCGUGGAUGUGCCCGCGCUCAUGAGCGUGCUUUGCGUGAGAGCGAUAGGUCAUCGUCAGAUGUCCCGUAGGGACAUGGAUAUGCCCGCCACAAAUAACGUCAGAGAUAAGCUGGUCUGGGUGUGCCGCGGAAGUGGUGGGCUGCAGACAUGGCACAGGCACGAUGCGUUGGUUCAUCUCGGCUUUGUGUGGAUAUACACCGCGCGUCUCUCGGACGGGUGAGAUGAAACGGAAUUUGCCACAUUGGCUGCAAUCACCAUUGUUUUGAUGAAAUGCAUUACUGUAACUCCCUCUCGUCUUCAAAGUACUGAAAAUGAAUUGAUUUGCUCGAUAUCGGGUACAGCUCAUCUCAUUUGCCGCAGACAUUUCUAAUUAAAACAGCACACUUUCCCGAUAAACGUAGAUCGCGUGCGCGCACACACAUUCAUCCCACGUGCUAUCCCGAGACAAUUUUCAAUACAUCCAUUUCAUGGA